UUUUAAGUCAUAGUAUUUCUUCCCAGAGUGGAAGAUGGCUCUUUGAUUGGAAGAUGGGAUUCAGCUGCUCUUAUUAAUUCAGCUGCACCAAGUGUCCCAGCUCUUUGCCCUCUGCCCAGGAACACCUGGCCAUUCAUUCUUCAGCUGCUCUACUCAUAUGGCAAUGUAACUGGGGGUAGCAAAGUGCCCUCAGUCCACUAAUGGCCCAAACUUGAGCCAGUAUCCCUUCUUCACCUUUCUGGUGGGAAAACUGAGUUGGGGGUUGUUGUGAGGAAGCCCUCUAGAGGAUAUAUAGCAGUAAUGGAUCCGCCUUUACCUGGAGUUGGUAGGAUGGAAAAUGAAAAAGAAGUCAAGAAAGACAAUCAAGGAAAAGCUGCAGAAUGGAGUUCAGUAAAACAAACUGACAAGUCAACCAGCCGUACAGGACAACAUCCAAGUCAAAGUGCCUUGUCCAGUCGGAAUGAUCGAAGAUCAGCCAAAAGUCCUCAAAGGACAGAUGUGGCAAAGGAGCAUAAACAUCCAUUUGCUUUAUAUGGCUGGGGAGAAAAACAUACAGAUACAGGGAGCCAGAAAACUCACAACGUCUGUGCUUCUGCCUCAGUGCAUGAAAUCCAUGAGUCUGCACUGCGAGCAAGGAACAGACGGCAAGUGGAGAAAAGGAAAUUGUCUCAGAGGCGAGUGCGCUCUGCAGAUGUGGACCGAACCUGGAAAGCAAAGUCUUCCCCACCAGAUAAUCCCUGGAUGACUGAGUACAUGAGAUGCUACUCAGCAAGAGCUCGGUGAAUCACGGCUGACUUGGAAAUCUUUCUCUAACUUAAAAUAUUUAUAUUCAGUCAGGACAUUGGUGCAAAUUACUUAUGCAAGGUUUUUAUAAGGGGUUUCCAGCAGUCUGUUAAUGUUUGUAUUUUGGCUACCUACCUCAUCUGUAGGGAAUAGAGCUAGAGCCAUAACAUUUUUAAAUAUAGUUACUUACGUUUUAAAUACUUCUCCUUUUUUUCUGAAGUCUUUUAAAGAGGUAUUUCUAGGGACCUUUUUGACUUCAAAAUACUGAAAGUCUAAGUACAUUUUUACAAAAUCUUUUUAAGAAUUGGUUCAUUUCACAAACAUUCAACUGCUCCUUCCAAAAAACCAAAUUUAGCUUCCAGAUCAGGGGACCGUGGUGGUGUAUUGGAAACUUUUCAUAAGGUGCAGUGUAUGUGCCAUUGCAUUAUUUAAAAUACUUGAUUCAAGGCUUCAAAAUACCACAUAGAUUACAAUGUCUAACCUAGAAGCUGGUGGCUCUGGUACAAGAUAAUUUGAGCCACACUAAAUACUGGCCUCAGGAAGACUGAUGUUAGGGGUUGUUUGGUUAUAUACUAGAGACUUUUAAAAACUUGGUAAUAUUUCUCAAAACUUGAAGUAAUUAGUGAAUCAUGCAGAUAUUCUUCAACUGAGUUUCAUUGCUCUUUUAAAAUGUGAGUGGAAUAAAUUUAAUAUCCCAAUAGAUGUGGCAAUUUAUUUUCCAAGCAAGAAGUCACAGGGUUAAUUUGAUUACUAUGACUAUUACACCAAAUGACUGAUGUAGACAAUCAUUAUCUGAUGGCUGUUGGUCAACACAGGUGCUUGUGCCUGUCUUGGCCUGACACCAUCAUACUGAAGUAGUUAAAAACACCCAUUUUGUGCUUAAUCAUUUAGACACCAAGCUCUCAAUGAAAACUGUAUAUAUUUAAAAAUCUGCUUUAAUGAAUCAGCUGGUGUCUGGUCAGUAAAGUCCAGUUUAUUUUUAAAGUUUGUAUCUGGAGAGUGUAUUUUACCUCGCGUGCAUUCCAUUUGGUUUAGUAUGGUUAUACUUGGCUAAAGGUUUUAGACUUGCAGAACAAUUUUGAUAAACAUUUGCAAAUGAAGUUUUCGUAUGGUCAUAGUUGUCCUGGAGGUGUGUUCAUAACUCCCUGCCAAAGGGAAAGAAAAUAAACCACUUAGAAAUAGGAGACUAAUGAAAUCUUUGGCUAUUUUUAAUUGGUAGGGUCUGUGUUUGUACAAAGUACGACUGCCACUAAUUGAUGUUGGAUCAUCUAUUUAUUUCUGCCGUUCUAAGUGGAAUUCUCUUAAUUCUUGUAGAAAAUGUGAGCUUAAGCAGAUCUGUGCAAUAAUUGUGUGCUUUUUGAGAUCUUUGAAGUGUGAUGGUUGCAAUGUAAUAGUUUUGCGAUUCAUUCUUUCAGACUGCUUUAGAAGCACUAUCUGCCUUCAACAUAGCUUGAUCACACUUGACAUUUCUGACUUGUUUUACAUACAACUGCAAAAAAAAUGUUCCCCUGUUACUGGAGGUAUAGUAAUUGUGUUUAGUGCAUUUGACCAGUCUUCUUAGCUGCAUUUUAGUGAAAUGCAGAAAGUAAACAAAUGGCAAUAAGUAAACUGGAAUCCAAAAAUCUAAGGUUAGCAGUAAUGUAUUAGUUGAUGUGACUAAGUCUAGAAUAGUCAGGUUUUCCUCAAUGAAAGGCUGACUGGAACUAGCUAAAUUGACUGAGCAAACAUGGCUUUUAUAUGUGUUUAAAGGGAUACUAUUAGUUUAUAUUUUAAAAGUUGUAUGUCACUGAGGCCAGAGAAUUAAAACUAAUUAAAUCCUGUAUUUUAAUAAUACUUAAGAUAGACCUCACUUUCUGGCUUUAAAAAAGUUUCACUUACAAUUAUACAAAAGAAUCAAAACAUUGAAUAUUAGGUUUUGUUCAACUUUCUAUAAGCCUAACCUUCAAAAACUAGUCACCAGAGAUUUUUAAUAGACAAGAGACAACUUGUCUUUAGGAUCAAAUUUCUGUCUACAUUUGAAAAUAUUCUGUAGUUUUGUGACUAGUAAUAUUGACUAAAUUGAGAAUCUUAGUAGAUCUCCCUUCUUCCAGAUCAAUGGCCUUGUAAUUGCAGGUAAACAUCCUAGUCCAUUGCAGGUCAUUUUUUUAAACCUAUGUGAGACUUCUGUCUAUUAUUUGGGGCCUAGCUUACGCUCACAUAAGAUACGUCUGCUCUAAAUGUGGUCUAGUUUCUAAAUGCCCUUUUCUGUUCUCUGGGUUGGUUUGUCUCCCUCAGACUGCAGCACAGGAACUGCAGUUGCAAGAUACUAGUAACUGUAUUGGAUAAAAACAAAAGUGGUGAUGCCUGUUUCUCUGCUGCCAUUAUACUAAAACUGUUUUUACUUUGAAAAUUUGAUGCAUUUCCAGAAUAUUUUCAGGGCUGUUUUGAAGUACCUAAUUGUGUAGGGUUUUUUUAUGCCAUACUUUCAAUUCAGAUAUCAAAUCGGCCAAAUUACUUCCUUGGGCUUCUAGUAUUCAAACAUCUAGCAGGUUUGUCUAAAUACCCUUGUGAGGCUUAUGUCCUAUCUGAGCUACAGCAUCAGAGUUUCUCCAACAACUUCCUUUUAAAGGGGCUGUUCUGUUUUCACUCUGGUCAAGUUAAUCAAUAGCUGUUCCUGUCAAAAUUAACUUGCUAAACAACAAUAGUGUCACCAAUCGGGUCCUAUGUCUGUCAGUGAGAUUGUUCUGCCUCCCUAAGCUGUGGCUAAAAGCCUCAUUGAAUGACUUGCAUUACCAAAACAUCCAAAAAAGUGAGUUAACUCAGGUAAAGUCUGCAUUGAGGCAAGGUUUUUGGAAGACUUUUUUUAAAUUGGAAAAGCUGCUGAUCCUUAUCCUCAUCAGUAACCUUUUGAAAAUAAACCCUCAUGGAUAGGAGUUUAAAAAUAUGGCCCCAACUCUGACUGCUUUGAGCUUGCCAUCAAUUGUGGGUGCUUUUAAGCAGUGACCUCUGAAGAGCUUGUGGUGGUGUUUAGAUGACACCGCUUCCUGUUGCAGUGAAGGGCAGGCUGCAUCCUGACUGAUGAGGUGUACUGAGUUACCAUAAUGCAAUGUGCUGGUGGGGGAGGCAGCUGAAAGGCUCAGGCUGCAUGAUGCUUGUGAAGCCUUUUCCUGCAGCCCCUUCGCUGCUGGAGCCUUUCACGGAGGUGGGGAAAGGCUUAAGCAUGGGCAGCCGCUGGCGACUUCUCCUGAGACAGCCUCUCACUGCUGGAGCCUUUCACAGCAGCAGGGAAGGCAGCAGGACACUAUCCGGGAUGGAAGAGGUUACCUGGUAAGUAGUAGGCUUAUUGGCCUUCUUACAAGGUAAUUUUGUUAACCAGCCAGCUGGAACAGCUCCAGCUGGACCCACAGUGGCCACCAGCAGGAAGCAGUCCCUCAUUGAACCAUUAACUGUCUUAAUGCAUUUCUACAUCCUGAGAUACUAUGCUGUUAAAAAUAGCAGUGUAGAUAUGAGAGGUUGGCUUGGGCAGGUAGAGAUGUGUAGGACACUUUCCUUGCUCCUGUUGUGCCUCACUAUCUGCAUUGCUGGUCAGACCUGUGCUAGCAGUGACUGUACUCCACAUGCCACCGUAAGUGUAGACCUACCCGAACAUGGGGUCAUGACUGCCUAAAGGCAGUUUCUGAAUGCAUUGGUUUUAUAGUUCAACCACUUUUAAAGUAAACUUGGGUAAUAUGGUAUUGGAGGAGUCUUGAUGCAAAAGCAAGCUACCUUGGCGAGCAGGAACCUAUCUCUAAUGGUUUAGCUAACUACAGCUACUGUGAUUUAGAGAUUAAUUCACUGAAUGAAGCAGCAGGCCUCUUUGACAAUGAGAAACAUUAAAAACAAUUAGACUAAAUAUCACAGCCCUGUCAGUUUAGAGGAGACAGAAGCUUGUCUUGCACUGUGUUGAUUUUAAAGAGAACUAAAUCUACUAGCUUUAUGAAGUCUAUUUUUAAAGACCAUACUUGUUUUGUUACACUUACAAAACUUUGUGGUAAUACUUCAGUUUUGCUAAGUCUUCACUAAAAUUGAAGGGUGUCUCUUCAUUCACUCGAUACUUAACAGCACUCUCCAUGAGUGAAACUUUAUGAAUUUCACUAAUAUCAUGCUGUAGUUUGUCAACUACACAAGUUCUAUGAAGACUGGUUUGGUGUACUUGGUGUACAGUGUUGCAAUGAAAACUGUAUUUAAAAAAAGAAAAAAGUCUUUGUAUAAUAGAGUAGCAUGCUUGUGUUUAAUCAUGCUGUCACAUUUUCCUUGCAUCACAGAAUUAGCUUUCAGUAUAACAAAGUUUCAGAUGCUGAAAGAUGCUUGUUUUGAUGUGGAGCCACAUUUGACUUAUUUGUCUUGUAUUCCUAAUAAUUUGUGUUGAUCUACUUCGGAGGCAGCAGAUGCACACAAUCCAAUUGUUUCUUCUGGGGAAAGUACACCUGCCUUGAAAUAUUUUAUAAUGUAAUUCACUGGCACUGAAAAAGCCUUUUUGAGAUUGGCACAUGGUUAUAGUGACCAAAAGUUAAUUUGAGGAUCUAUGUGCAAUGAGUUUUCAGUCCAUUCCUAGAUCACUCAGCAGCAAAGCCAUAAAUGGAGCUUGACUCUCAACGCUAGUUGGCUCCUCUAAAAAUAGGGGUAAAAGGGGGAAAGCUGCCUCAUGCUGUUUUGUUAGCUUCUGUGAGCACUGAAUUCACUUUAAAAAAGUUUUAGGGAAAAUACCAUCUAAGCUUGAAGCAAUAUGUGACUUUUUUUAGAAUGUUUUUAAAUAGUAUUUUGUUUUUAAAGCUUCUGUAUUUGUAUUUAACACUCUGUGGGGUCAUCUUGUACAUGUGAAUAAAAUUUGAGUGACUCUUAACUGCCUUAGACUCUUGA